UCGGUAUUGUCAGACGGUUCCCGGCGUCCCUCGGUUUCCCUCGGUAGUUUCCGGCAAAGAUCGGGAGUUUCUAACGUGCCCCUUGUAGUCUCUCGGCUGCCGUCCUCGCCACCGCCGCCCCUCUUUUCGGCUCCCUCUCCCCUACCCACCCCACCCACCACCCCCCCCCCCCGCGAUCGGCCCGGCUGGCGCCUCUGUCGUUACGGGCUGAGCAAGAUGGCGGCCUUCGGGAUCUUGAGCUACGAACACCGGCCCCUGAAGCGGCCGCGGCUGGGGCCUCCUGAUGUGUACCCUCAAGAUCCCAAACAGAAGGAGGAUGAAUUAACGGCCUUGAAUGUAAAACAAGGUUUCAAUAACCAGCCCGCUGUCUCUGGGGAUGAACAUGGCACUGCCAAGAAUGUCAACUUUAAUCCUGCCAAGAUCAGUUCCAACUUCAGCAGCAUCAUUGCAGAGAAGUUACGUUGUAACACCCUCCCUGACAUUGGUAGAAGGAAGCCCCAAGUGAACCAGAAGGACAACUUCUGGCUGGUGACUGCACGAUCCCAGAGUGCCAUUAAUACUUGGUUUACUGAUCUGGCUGGCACCAAGCCACUCACACAACUAGCCAAAAAGGUCCCCAUUUUCAGUAAGAAGGAAGAAGUGUUUGGGUAUUUAGCCAAAUACACAGUGCCUGUGAUGCGGGCUGCCUGGCUCAUUAAGAUGACCUGUGCCUACUAUGCAGCAAUCUCAGAGACCAAGGUUAAGAAGAGACAUAUUGACCCCUUCACAGAAUGGACUCAGAUCAUCACCAAGUGCUUAUGGGAGCAGCUUCAAAAGAUGGCUGAAUACUACCGACCAGGGCCUGCUGGAAGUGGGGGCUGUGGCUCCACUAUAGGGCCCUUACCCCAUGAUGUUGAGAUGGCAAUCCGGCAGUGGGACUACAACGAGAAGCUGGCCAUGUUCAUGUUUCAGGACGGAAUGCUGGACAGACAUGAGUUCCUGACCUGGGUACUUGAGUGUUUUGAGAAAAUCCGUCCUGGAGAGGAUGAACUGCUUAAACUGCUGCUGCCCCUGCUGCUUCGAUACUCCGGAGAGUUUGUUCAGUCUGCAUACCUCUCCCGCCGCCUUGCCUACUUCUGUACACGGAGACUGGCCCUGCAGCUGGAUGGUGUGAGCAGUCACUCAUCUCAUGUGAUGUCUGCUCAGUCGACAAGCACACUGCCCACCACCCCUGCUCCUCAGCCCCCAACUAGCAGCACACCCUCUACACCCUUUAGUGACCUGCUUAUGUGCCCUCAGCACCGGCCCCUAGUUUUUGGCCUCAGCUGUAUCCUUCAGACCAUCCUGCUGUGUUGUCCUAGUGCCCUGGUUUGGCACUAUUCACUGACUGAUAGUCGAAUCAAGACUGGCUCACCACUUGACCACCUGCCUAUUGCCCCCUCCAACCUGCCCAUGCCAGAGGGCAACAGUGCCUUCACUCAGCAGGUCCGUGCAAAGUUGCGGGAGAUCGAGCAACAGAUCAAGGAGCGAGGACAGGCCGUUGAGGUUCGCUGGUCUUUUGAUAAGUGCCAGGAAGCUACUGCAGGCUUCACCAUUGGACGAGUACUCCAUACUUUGGAAGUGUUGGACAGCCAUAGUUUUGAACGCUCUGACUUCAGCAACUCUCUUGAUUCCCUCUGUAAUCGAAUCUUUGGAUUGGGGCCUAGCAAGGAUGGGCACGAGAUCUCCUCAGAUGAUGAUGCAGUGGUAUCAUUACUGUGUGAAUGGGCUGUCAGCUGCAAGCGUUCUGGUCGGCAUCGUGCGAUGGUGGUAGCCAAGCUGCUGGAGAAGAGACAGGCAGAGAUUGAGGCUGAGCGUUGUGGAGAAUCGGAAGCUGCAGAUGAGAAGGGUUCCAUUGCCUCUGGCUCCCUUUCUGCUCCCAGUGCUCCCAUUUUCCAAGAUGUCCUCUUACAGUUUCUGGAUACACAGGCUCCCAUGCUGACGGACCCCCGAAGUGAGAGUGAGCGAGUGGAAUUCUUUAACUUGGUACUGCUGUUCUGUGAACUGAUUCGGCAUGAUGUUUUCUCCCACAACAUGUACACUUGCACCCUCAUCUCCCGAGGGGACCUUGCCUUCGGAGCCCCUGGUCCCCGGCCUCCCUCUCCCUUUGAUGACCCGGCUGAUGACCCAGAGCGCAAGGAGGCUGAGGGCAGCAGCAGCAGCAAGCUGGAGGAUCCAGGACUCUCAGAGUCUAUGGACAUUGACCCUAGCUCCAGUGUGCUCUUUGAGGACAUGGAGAAGCCUGAUUUCUCAUUGUUCUCCCCCACUAUGCCCUGUGAGGGGAAGGGCAGUCCAUCCCCUGAGAAACCAGAUGUUGAGAAGGAGGUGAAGCCCCCACCCAAGGAGAAGCUAGAAGGAACCCUUGGGGUUCUUUAUGACCAGCCGCGGCAUGUGCAGUAUGCCACACACUUUCCCAUCCCCCAGGAGGAGUCAUGCAGCCAUGAGUGCAACCAGCGGUUGGUCGUACUGUUUGGGGUGGGAAAGCAGCGAGAUGAUGCCCGCCAUGCCAUCAAGAAAAUUACCAAGGAUAUCCUGAAGGUUCUGAACCGCAAGGGGACAGCAGAAACUGACCAGCUUGCUCCUAUUGUGCCUCUGAAUCCUGGAGACCUGACAUUCUUAGGUGGGGAGGAUGGACAGAAGCGGCGACGAAACCGACCUGAAGCUUUUCCCACUGCCGAGGAUAUCUUUGCUAAGUUCCAGCACCUUUCGCAUUAUGACCAACACCAGGUCACGGCUCAGGUCUCCCGGAAUGUUCUGGAGCAGAUCACGAGCUUUGCCCUUGGCAUGUCGUACCACUUGCCUCUGGUGCAGCAUGUGCAGUUUAUCUUCGACCUCAUGGAAUAUUCACUCAGCAUCAGUGGCCUCAUCGACUUUGCUAUUCAGCUGCUGAAUGAACUGAGUGUAGUCGAGGCCGAACUGCUUCUCAAAUCCUCAGAUCUGGUGGGCAGCUACACCACCAGCCUGUGCCUGUGCAUCGUGGCUGUCCUGCGCCACUAUCAUGCCUGCCUCAUCCUCAACCAGGACCAGAUGGCACAGGUCUUUGAGGGGCUGUGUGGCGUAGUUAAGCAUGGGAUGAACCGGUCCGAUGGUUCCUCUGCAGAACGCUGUAUCCUUGCAUAUCUCUAUGAUCUGUACACCUCCUGUAGCCAUUUAAAGAGCAAAUUUGGGGAACUCUUCAGUGACUUCUGCUCCAAGGUGAAGAACACCAUCUACUGCAAUGUGGAGCCGUCAGAGUCCAACAUGCGCUGGGCACCUGAGUUCAUGAUCGACACUUUAGAGAACCCCGCUGCUCACACCUUCACCUACACGGGGCUAGGCAAGAGUCUUAGUGAGAACCCUGCUAACCGCUACAGCUUUGUCUGCAAUGCCCUUAUGCACGUCUGUGUGGGGCACCAUGAUUCGGAUAGGGUGAAUGACAUCGCCAUCCUGUGUGCAGAGCUGACCGGCUAUUGCAAGUCGCUGAGUGCAGAGUGGCUGGGAGUGCUUAAGGCCUUGUGCUGCUCCUCUAACAAUGGCACUUGCGGUUUCAACGACCUCCUCUGCAAUGUAGAUGUCAGUGACCUGUCUUUUCACGACUCCCUGGCCACUUUUGUUGCCAUCCUCAUCGCUCGGCAGUGUUUGCUCCUGGAGGAUCUGAUUCGCUGUGCGGCCAUCCCUUCACUCCUUAAUGCUGCUUGCAGUGAACAGGACUCUGAGCCAGGGGCCCGGCUUACCUGCCGCAUCCUCCUCCACCUUUUCAAGACACCUCAACUCAAUCCUUGCCAAUCGGAUGGAAACAAGCCUACUGUAGGAAUCCGCUCCUCCUGUGACCGCCACCUGCUGGCUGCCUCCCAGAACCGCAUCGUGGAUGGAGCUGUGUUUGCUGUUCUCAAGGCUGUGUUUGUACUUGGGGAUGCGGAACUGAAGGGUUCGGGCUUCACUGUGACAGGAGGAGCAGAAGAACUUCCAGAGGAGGAGGGAGGAGGUGGCAGUGGCAGUCGGAGACAGGGUGGCCGCAACAUCUCUGUGGAGACAGCCAGUCUGGAUGUCUAUGCCAAGUACGUGCUACGCAGCAUCUGCCAGCAGGAAUGGGUAGGAGAACGUUGCCUUAAAUCGCUGUGUGAAGACAGCAAUGACCUGCAAGACCCAGUGUUGAGCAGUGCCCAGGCCCAGCGCCUCAUGCAGCUUAUCUGCUACCCACAUCGGCUGCUGGACAACGAGGAUGGGGAAAACCCGCAGCGGCAACGCAUUAAGCGUAUUCUCCAGAACUUGGACCAGUGGACCAUGCGCCAGUCUUCGUUGGAACUACAGCUCAUGAUCAAGCAGACCCCUAACAAUGAGAUGAACUCCCUCUUAGAGAACAUCGCCAAGGCCACAAUCGAGGUUUUCAACAGUCUGCAGAGACAGUCAUCUUCUGGAAAUGCUGCAAGCAACAUGCCCAGCAGCAGCAAGACCAAGGCCUGUGCUCAGCUCCCUAGAACGCUCGGGUGUAUGGCUG